CUUGACCUUGACCAUAACCAUGACAUUCCAUACGUCACUCUUUCAACACUACCUUCCAGCAUAGAAGCACCAGGCUCUGUUUGGAAGGACACAAAUCCGUGCUCACAGCAGACGUGGUAACUCCUUGGCAAGGCUGUGGUGAGGAACCGCCAGGAUGCUGAAGAAGCUGCUGUUGUUUGGUUUCGCAGGCUUGGCCGUCCUUGCGGUGGGAAUCCUGAUCGGCCACUUCGGCAUCCAGAAGGGCAGCUCGGCACCCGGGUGGGUGCGGGAACUGUCUCAUGAUGUGGAUGAGGACUUCAUCCAGAAGUUCAUUGCUGAGGUGGACAACGUGAGGAUCGAGGAGAACCUCAGGGAGCUAACCAAGGUGCCCCACAUGGCCACCACUGUUGGGGAUGAAGCUACAGUUGAGUUCAUGCUGAAAAGGUGGCAGGAUAAGGAUAGUGGUCUGGACGCUGCAUGGAGGGAGGAUUACAGGGUCUAUCUGUCCUUUCCUAACAAAGAUACGCCUAAUAAGGUCACUGUGGUGAAUCCUGGUGAUACUGUGCUGCACACAGUGCAGGAGAAAGAGACGGCAUACUCUCCAGAGCAGAAUGACACAGAGGUGGUGCAGCCAUACGCUGCCUAUGGACCUGCUGGACAUGCCAAGGGGAGGCUGGUGUAUGCUUACCAGGGGAAAGUGAGCGACUACGAGCUUUUGAACAGAACAAUGGACCUCAGCGGCACCAUCGCCAUCGUCAGAUAUGGAGGAGCAGGACGAGGGGCAAAAGCGAUUAAUGCGGCUCCGUUCGGGGUGGUCGGGGUGCUUGUCUACACAGAACCCUACGACAUUAACGAUGGUCUGAUGAACGAUGAAAAUGAGACGUACCCCCAUUCCUGGUACCUCCCUCCAUCUGGCGUGGAGAGAGGAAGUUACAACGGUGACUUUGGAGACCUACUAACACCUUACCUGGCUGCUAAAAAGGACACAUAUAGAAUUCCUGAGACGGACAUCAACGGCGUUCCACCCAUUCCGAUCCAGCCAAUAGGGUUCGAAGAUGCCCAAGUCUUAAUCUGCGAGCUUGGUGGAGCUGCAGCUCCUGCGGACUGGCAAGGCUCCUUUCCCUGCGUGUACAACCUUGGUGGACCAGGAUUCACUUCCACAUCCCGCUUUAGCAACAGUGAGGUGAAGCUGGAUGUAUACAACAGCGGAGAGCUGAGAGACUCUGCGAAUGUGAUGGGAGUGAUCUGGGGCAGCGUGGAGCCAGACAGGUACGUGAUAUAUGGGAACCACAGAGACAGCUGGGUCCACGGGGCCAUUGACCCCAGCAGUGGGACAGCAGUCAUGCUGGAGAUCAGCAGAAUCCUGGGCCAAAGGGUGAAAGCAGGAACAUGGAGGCCUCGACGCACAAUCAUCUUCGGAAGCUGGGGAGCGGAGGAAUUCGGUUUGAUUGGAUCUGCUGAAUAUGCAGAGGAGUACAUAAGCAAACUCAGCCAGCGGACAGUGGCCUACAUCAAUGUGGACAUCUCUGUGUUCGCUAAUGCUACUCUGCGAGUUUCUGCAUCCCCGAUUGCAGAGAACGUUAUAUUUACAGCCUCCAAACAGGUGAAGGCAGCAGGUUCCAACACCGUGUCUGUGUACGAUAACUGGAUCAAAUAUUUCAACAGAACCAGCCCCACUUACGGACACAUACCAAAUGUGGGAUAUCUGACGGGAGCAGGAAGUGACUAUGCUCCCUUUAUCCAUUACCUGGGGAUAACCUCUAUGGAUAUAUCCUACACCUACGACCGGAGCAAAACGAGAGCACGUAUCUACCCAGCAUACCACACAGCCUACGACACGUUUGACUACGCAUCCAGGUUCAUUGAUCCAGGCUUCACCAGUCACCAGACAGUAGCAAGGACGGCGGGGAACAUCCUGUUGCGACUGGCCGACAGCCUCCUGCUGCCAUUCAACUGCAGCGACUACGCUGAGAGUCUAGAGGGUUACCUCAAUGGCACCGUGGAGAACUUUGAAGAACACCUAAAGGCCAACAGCAUCUCCAUAGAGCCCCUAAAAGAGGCAGUGAAGUCCUUUCGAAAUGCAGCCACAAAUCUGGACAGUGUCAUCCGCAGCUCAGAUCUUGUAAAUGAAACGCCUCUGAAAGCCCGCAGGAUUAAUGACCAGCUCAUGCUGCUGGACCGAGCAUUCGUGGACCCAGUGGCGUUCCCAGACAAAUAUGCAUUCAGGCACGUGAUCUGGGCGUCCAGGUCGUCGGAAGUGGCCACAUUUCCAGGCCUGGCGGAUGCUGUAGAGAAGGCCCAGGCUACUGGACUGAAGGAGGACUGGGAUCAGGCUCACAGACACCUGUCCAUCGUCACACAGGCCAUCUCCGGCGCUGCGCACACUCUCGCUGAAGCGCAUGCCACGCAGUAGCUCCGCCCACUCACUGAGCUCAUCUGAGGCUGGAUUUACAUGCUGAAACUUUCAUUCAAUUUCAUUUGCAUUAUGUAAGAUAAGGUCUCCUGCAGUGUAUUUGAAAAUAGUCGCAAAAACUAUUUGCUAUCUUACAUAUAAUCUGGAACAGUGAUACCGUGAUGUACAGUGAAGGGACAUUUUCAGACAUUUUUUAAAUAUUUAACAUACUUCUAGUGCAUAUAUACAUGUCAAAUCUAUACAUAUAAUGCUUCUUGACUUUGAAUAUGAAUAAAAAUGUAUGUAUUCAUAAGUAUAAACAGACAUUUAGAAAUUAAAAAGUAUUCAGACACCACAAAUUGAUCAUUGUUGCUUUGUUGGCAAGCAGUUAUUGGCAAUUGCAGAUUAAGAAGUAGCUACCUGUGGAAUUCAUUUGUAAUGGAAUUCAAAUCAGGAGAUUGGCUAUGCAAUCACCUUCACCUUCUUUAGAUGCUAGUCUUGAGUUAUCUUGACUGUAUGUUUAGGGUCAUUUUCUUGUCGAAACAUCCAUUCUUCCCACUUUCUUGGCUGAUGAGAUUCUCAUCAGACAUCUCGAGGUUCAUUGCUCCACUGAUGUUUCCUUCAAUGAUGUGUAAUAUCCCACUAGCGUUUGCCGAGAAGCAGCCCCAUAUCAUGAUGCUCCCACCAUCAUGCUUCACUGUGGGUAUGGUGUUGUUGGGAUUGAAUGUGUAAACCUUUCUUUCUCUUUGUUUUCGCUUAUGAAUACAUACUUUUGUUCAUAUUUUUAAGUACAAAGUCAAAAGAUGUUAGCAAAUUUGAAAUGGAAAUAUGCACCAGAAGUGUAUUAAAUAACAAAAGCAAAAGUGUCUGAAUA